AUGGCGAGUUCAGUGGAUAAGCAAAGAGAGAAUCAAAGGGAGCAAAAGAAAUGCCUCAGGCUGUUGCUUUUCCCGUUGCCAUUUCAAGGUCACCUAAGUCCGAUGCUUCAGCUUGCAAAUGUUCUAUAUUCUAGAGGCUUUUCAAUCACCAUCAUCCACACUUGCUUUAAUUCUCCCAAUCCUUCCAACAAUCCUCACUUCACCUUCCAUUCAAUACCAGAUGGCUUAUCCAAAAGUGAAUCCUCCAGAGCAGAUAAUAUUGUAGCUCUUGUUUCACUCCUUAACACGAAUUGCGCGGACCCAUUUCGUGAUUGCUUGACUAAGUUGUUAUCUGAUGUUUCAGAGGAGCCUGUUGCUUGCUUGAUCUCGGAUUCUACUUGGAAAUUUACAGAUGCAAUUACUGAAAGCCUUCAGCUCCCAAGAUUUGUGCUCCGGACCAAUAAUGUGUCUUCUUUCCUAGCUCUUGCUGCCUUACCGCUUCUGCAAGAAAAAGGUUAUCUCCCCAUUCAAGAAUCUCAAGUAGAAGCACCAGUACUAGAGCUUCCACCACUUAAAGUCAAGGACAUUCCGGCCUUCAAAACACCAGAUCAAGAGACUCUUUAUCAAACAAUAGCAGGGUUGGUCAAGCAAACCAAUUCAUGUUCAGGAACGAUUUGGAACUCAUUUGAAGAACUGGAACAUGAGCCACUGACCGUAUUACGGCAUGAUUUUCCUGUCCCAGUGUUCCCAUUAGGUCCAUUGCACAAGUACUUUCCUGUCCCUUCGAGUAGCUUACUAGCUCAAGAUCAAAGCUCCAUCCUAUGGCUAGACAAGCAAGCACCUAAAUCUGUUAUAUAUGUAAGCUUUGGCAGUGUAGCAAAUAUUGAAGGGGCUGAAUUUCUUGAGAUAGCUUGGGGCCUAGCCAACAGUCAGCAACCCUUCUUGUGGGUUGUUAGACCAGGUUCAGUCAACGGCUCAGAAUGGCUUGAAGCUUUACCAAAUGAAUUCCUGGAAGAGAUAAGUGGGAGGGGACAUAUUGUAAAAUGGGCACCGCAACAAGAAGUGCUAGCUCACCCUGCCACAGGAGGCUUUUGGACUCACAAUGGAUGGAAUUCAACUUUGGAGAGUAUUUGUGAAGCUGUCCCAAUGAUUUGUCACCCAUGUUUUGGUGACCAAAGGGUAAAUGCAAGAUAUGUUAGUGAUGUUUGGAGAAUUGGGGUGCAUUUGGAGAACAGGCUUGAUAGAAUGGAGAUUGCGAGGGCAGUUAGAAAACUACUGGUGGAGGCUGAAGGGCAGGAAAUUCGAGAACGAGCAGUGCACUUGCAAAAGAUGGCAGAUCAAUGUAUACGGGAAGGUGGUUCUUCGUUUCAGUCUCUAGAAAAUUUGAUAAGCCUCAUAUUAUCAGCCCCAUUAGCCUAGAAAUAAAAUCAAGAUUGA